AUGGGGAAAGGGAUGUUCUUCCACUCGCCGCUGUUAUACUGGAAUUGCUCUUUGUCGGCAAUAAAGGCUGAUACGAACUUGAUUACAACGGUUAACAAGGAGUUCAACAAGCGUUCUCCAGCGAACGUUACAUUACGGUGGGGCUCUGUCUUUGCUGGUAAAAAUUUUCAUCACAAUCAAUUGGUCAAGGCGGAUGCCUUGGUCAUCAGUUUCUUCUACCGCCUGGAUUCCUCCGCCGGGGAACUCUGGGAUCAACGGGCUGCCAUCUUGGCACAAGAGGCAAAUUCCCAUGGCAGAUAUGAUGUUUAUCCGAGCGAUGGGAAAGAGAAGGGGAGCACACUUUACGAGUUCCGGUUUCAGCCCAUGAGCAAACUAGACAAUUUUAUGCUGGCUGGAUGCUAUCUUCUUACUCUGGCAUACCUGACCAUUUCUCUGCGGAACUUGCGGGCUGUCAAGUCAAGAUUGGGCCUUAUUGCCGCAGUUUUGAUCCAGAUGGCAUUUUCAGUGUCGUCUAGCUUUACGAUACUAGCCUUCUUUAAGGUCCCAGUAUCUCACGUACCUAGGGAAGUGUUUCCUUUUGUCGUGAUAGUGAUCGGAUCCGAAAACAUGUUCCGUCUCAUAAAUGCAGUUUUAGAAACCCCUGCCGAACAGCCCACAACUUCUCGCAUAGCGAUUGCUCUAGGGGAGGUUGGAUUUCUCUCUUCGGUGGCGGUAGGAACAGAUCUGGCACUAUUAUUUAUCCUUGGUCAAUUCUCCGUUCCUGCAGUUCGGGAAUUUUGCACGUUCGCUUGGGUCGCCCUGAUUAUGGACUUCUUCCUGCAUUUGACCUAUUUCUUGGCAGUUUUGAGUGUCGACGUAAGGCGUUUGGAGUUGCGGGAUUCAUUGGAUCGGCUCACUUUCAACAGACCCGAGUCGUACGGCGGGCGGAUGGAUCCAGAAGGGCGGGGCAAAUCAGGCGAAUUAAUAAUGCAAAGGGCAAUGCCGAUGAGUACUAGGAUUGCGGGUUCCGUCAUUUUGAUCUGCUUUCUCGUUGCACUGAACAUGCAUUUUCUGGAAAACCAGUCUCCAUUGCGAACCGUGAUCUCUCUGUGCGAAAUGGUUACCAACCGGGGAGGAACCAGACUUACCGAUUCGCCAGGCCCUAGCCCGUCGCCAAUUAUGCCGAUCAAUGUCGCGCGCACACCCACGGCAUGGCUCAAGAGACAGGACCAACUAACUGGAAAAGAGCUGAUUGGAGUCGUUAAACCUGGUGCAUAUCGCAUGGUUGCCAAGGCGUACGACCCCAUAUUUUUCGUCGUCCGCGGUUCGUCUCGCUCCAAGAUUCCUGGUCUGAUGCCAAGCCUGGUAAGUGCUGUUGCAAUCGACACGGUGAAGGAAUACAUACAAGGGUUCAUCUUGACUGUUAUUGUCGUGGCGGCUGCUGUCACUCUCUUAAUGAAUCAUCUUCUAAUGAAGGAUAUAACUGCGGAUUUGGUUGAGGCACCAGAGAACGAAGGUCCUUCGCUGACCUGUCAAACGCUCUAUGAGGGGCACUCUUUGGAUGUGGUCAUGCUCGCGGCGUCGCCGAGAGGGGUUGUUGUAUCUGUGGGAUUGGAUAGGAGAAUUGUGGUCUGGAAAUUAAAGACAAUGUGGCAACUUCCUUCGAAAGACAUUAUUCGGCCGACAUGUCCUCAGCACUCAUUAUGGCCUAUAAUUGCUAUCGCGUUGGAUGAGAAAGGGGAAUGGCUGGCUAUAGCUCCGAGGCAAGGGAGCGUCUCAAUAUGGAGUAUCAAGGAAGCAACUUUCAAGCCAUCAGUUUCCAUAGAUCUGGGUGGCCACCAACCUAGUGCGUUCUUUUUCGAGCCUCGAAGUCGCGGUGAUGGUCCACGAUUAAUAGUUUUGAGGCAUGACGGUUGGCUUUCAGAGGUAUGCGUCAGGACGGGGAAUAGUGUGCACCACAGGAUUUGCACUGGCGUUGUUGUUUCAUGUUCGCACGGGGGGUUUACCCCUAGGCUGCCAUUAAGGGUGGUUACUGCCUGCCAGAGGGGAAAGAUCUUUGUGACCUCGAAGUCGGCUGGUGAAUGGUAUUCCCGCCAGCUCAGCCUAUUGGAACAGCCGGUGAUUCCCUCAAUACUGGAUCCGAGUGAGAAUUGUACAAUCUUGCCGCUUUCAUCUUUGGGGAUGAUUGUGACUUCAAGGUCAUGCAAAGUUGACCUGGUAGACUUAUUAUCAGGCAGCGUGAUACGAACGUUCCAAACGGGCCAGUUCAAGCCUAAUUCAUUGCGGGUGUUCCACGCCAACCGCCGAACAUGUCUAUACUGCGGUUGCCCGGCAGUCCUAUCAUUCUCCAUUGCAUACAGCGAACGAGAAUCCGGCAUGUUCAUUAUGCACACAUGGUUCUCCUCCAGCGGCCGAAUGAAGGAUAUCUGCCUGCGGGCAGAGCGCGAUCGAAGGGAACGCAAAUGCUCCGGAUUCGAGAGUGCAGUGGAGAGCACCCACUGGUUGGAAAACGUAGAGACCUGGGAACCGACAAACCUGAAUCUGGUAGCGGGUAUCCGACGCCGGGAAACCAUACAGGAGGAGUCGAGUUCAGACGACUCCGAACUUCUCUCCCAGCACCAAGCCUCGAGCCUCCGACGGCGAAAGAAAAUGGGCAAGAAGCACAGCGCUGAGGACGACGACGAAUGGGAAGCCUGGACCAUGCAUGCCGAUGGUGUUGUGACUUCCUACCCACUCAGCGAUAGCGCGGCCGAGGAGUCAGACGAGUUUCUACUGGUUAGUAGGGCCGGUCCCGUGUGUCGGGUGGGUCAAAGAUCUGUUGCGGUGGGCUUUGGCAACACAGUCAAGUUACUGGCCGUUGGGAACGAGCGAUACGAAGGAGAGGAUGAUAAUGACGAUAUUUCUCAGAUUUCACGGAAAGCUAGGCCGCAUCAUCAUCGGAGGUAGAUGGCGUAUUUUUUCUUCUUUCUUUUUCUUCCUCUUAACAUUCCCUUUUUCUCCCCUUUGGUUCGCUUUUUAUUUAUUUCUUGAUGUAAAUGACAGUCCUUGGCAACGUUUUUGAUACUUGAUACCUUUUUUCUUUUACCUUCUCCUCACCUUUCCUUGAGCGAGGGCGGCGGCGGCGACGACGACAGUGGGGGAUUAUCAUAACUCAUUAUACCACCGGUACGGUAUGAUACCUCAAACCCUGUGAAUCCAUUACAUUACACUACAUUCCAUUCCAUCCCACACCAUCUCAUUCUCCGGCUGGUUUUGGUCUGCUUCCUCAUCGUUCUCAUUCACCUGUUUAUGUUUUUGUUUUUCUUGCCAUUCAUCAUCGCCAUCACCACCAUUUUUAUUAUCAAAUUUUUGAUAGUAGGGCCUCUCUGUUUGUUCUUAUUUUAUUAUGUUUUAUUCUAUUUGGCGGGAAUGGGAAAUGGGAAAUGGGAUUGGGUUCUAUGGAGUUGUGGCUUGGCUGGGAUUUGUCAUUGUACAAAGCUUAUGAUAUUAUAAAGGAAAGAAAAGACAAAAUCGAGAACAUGAGUGAAAGUA